GUUAAAAAUGCGCCUGAAUACCUGAUUUUUCUAAAAUAAUUUUUUUUACCUGAAGACAGAUUCCAGCCACUGACCCUGACCUCUGCAGAGAGCUUGGGCUUGUUCAGUUGGUAGGAUUGAAAAAAAAAAAAAGAAGACCAGAGAAAAUGGACAGCAAUCUUGAGGAGACAGAGAGCGUCACCCCAACAGAGCACAGAAUCAUACUCAUUGGUGGGAGAUGGGCUGGCAAGAGUUCGUCUGGAAACACCAUCCUGAGAAAGGAAAGGCUAGAGUGUGGCCGCACCAGAACAAUUCAGAGUGAAGUGAGACAUGGAGUGGUAGAGGGCAGGAAGCUCACUGUGGUGGAUGCCCCCGGGUGGAGCAGCUCUCUCUCCCUUACCGAGAUCCCAGAGGGGGACAAGCAAAGGUUCAAACUCAACCCGUCCAAGUGUCCGCCCGGACCCAACGCUUUCCUCCUCGUUGUUCCAAUAGACGCGGCUUUCUCUGUGGAGCAGCGGAGGAUCCUGGAGGAGCACAUGAAGCUCCUGGGGGACCGAGUUUGGCGCUACACCAUGGUGCUGUUCACCUGCGGGGAUUUCCUUGGGGAGAAGACGAUAGAACAACACAUCGAGAGCGAGGGGGAGGCCCUGAAGUGGCUGAUAGGGAGGUGCAGGGACAGGUACCACGUGUUCAAUAACAAGGAGAAAACCAACACGUCUCAGGUCUCCCUGCUGCUGGAGAAGAUAGACGAGAUGGUGUGGCACAACAACGACAGUCACUACGAGAUAGACGAACAGACUUUUGAGAUCAUUGAAAAGAAGCAACGAGAAGUGGCCGAAAGGGCGCAAAAGAGACGCAGGAGGGCCGAGGAACAAACACAGCAAAUGAUAACACUCAUUCAAGGUGAAUGUCACGAAGAGAUGAAAACCGCCCCGAAGCUUCAGAUGAUUCUCUUGGGAAGUCGAAGUGUGGGGAAAACCUCAGUGGGGAACACCAUCCUGGGAUUCAAAGAGCAGGAAGAUGGAAAGAGAACGGCGCAGUCGGUGGCCCGGCGGGGUUUUGUGGGUAAAACUGAAAUAACUCUUGUUGACACGCCAGGUUGGUGGAAAGGCUUCCCUGCGUUUGACACUCCUGAAGCGAUCAAAGAGGAGAUGAUGCGCAGCCUGUUCCUGUGCCCCCCCGGGCCCCACGUCUUCCUGCUGGUGAUCGACGCAGAUGCAUCCUUCAACGGCAAACACUUAGACGCAGUAACGACGCACGUGGAGCUUCUCGGAGAAGGAGUUUGGGAACACACAGUCAUAGUUUUCACCAGAGGAGACUGGCUGGGAACAAACACCAUAGAAGAGUACAUUGAGGGCGAGGGGGAGGCCCUGCAGAGUCUGGUUGAACAAUGUGGAAACAGAUACCACGUCUUUAAUAACAAGGACGCAAAUGAUGGUACACAAGUCACAGAGCUGCUGGAGACAAUCAUCGGCACAGUGGCUGGAAACGGUUGGGACUCUUUUGUUCCAGACAAGCAGAUAUUCAUGACCAUUGAGGAGAGAAGAAGGCGAGUGGAAGAAGGAGCGAGGCUGAGGCAAAGUGAAAUUCAGGCCAGAAGGACGUCCCUCAGAGACUCCACUAAUAAGCUGCAGGAGCUGAAGAUUGUGAUGCUCGGUCAGAAGACAUCCGGAAAGAGUGCAGCAGGAAACACCCUCCUGCGUAAACAAGCGUUCGCCUCCUGUCAGAACGAGCGCUGUCAUGUGGACGAGGAAGAAGUUGCCGAUCGACUGGUCACGGUGAUCGACACCCCGGGCUGGUGGAGGGAUUCCUCUCGCUGCACCGAAGACGUGGACAAAGAAAUCGUCCGAGGUCUGGCACUGAGCCAGUCGGGGGUUCAUGCUGUUCUCUUGGUGGUCCCCUUGGACCUGAAGUUCAGAGAAGCUCACCUGGUCGCCCUGGAGGAACACAUGAACCUGUUUGAUGACAGUGUCUGGAAACACACAAUGGUUCUGUUCACGCACAGAGACAACCUCGCAGAUCAAUCUGUAGAGGAGCAUAUCGAGAGGGAGCACCGCACUCUCCGCUGGCUGGUGGACAAGUGCGAGAACAAGUACCACGCCAUCAACAACUUGAAGAAAGCUGACAUGACUCAGGUCACGGAGCUGUUUGAGAAGAUUGAGGAAAUGGUGGCGGGAAACAGCGGGCGGCUCUUCUGCCCCGACAUGAAGGACGUCCACCUGAACAUCGAUGAGAAGUUCAAGAGGAGGGAGCUGAAACAUGUGCUGAAGCAGCGGCUGGAGCAGGAGUACAGGAGGAGGGAGCUGGAGCUGAUGAUCGGCUUCAGGGAAAAACUCAUCGAGCUGCAAGCUGACAUCCGGGAAAGCGUGGCGAGCAAUAAACACAAGUCACUGAUUGACAUGAACAAAAUCAAAGUCAAGGGAAUCGGUCAGAAGAAGAAAGAUGAAAAGGAGGACAAAGUAGACGCAAAGAUCAGCGCGGAGAUCGACAAGCUCAAUAAGGACAUAAUGAGAGCCGCAGAUCAACUUCGGAGCAGCCAGGACUUUAUACUUCCUUCCUUCAAAGGGAACAGCAGUCCAGCUCCGUCUAUCGCCGGGUCUUUGUCAGACAGAAGAAGACCAUCCAACAACUUUGACAGAGUUCUCAGUUGGCUGUCCACGCUUAAGAUCGACACGAAUAUGGAGAACCAGCUGACCCUGAACUUCUCUGAGACGUCAGGAUACAGAUCUGUCUUUGACUUUGACAACUACGUGGGUAUUGCUGAAUGAAAAGUCUUAAUCGUAAACAACAGUUUUGUUCUAUCUGGCAAGCCAAUGGACAAUAACUAAAAUUAGAAAUAUCCAUAAAAGGGCGGUGGUUAGCACUGUCGCCUCGCAGGUAGAAGGUCGCUGGUUCACGUCCUAUAGAGG